CGGACCUGGAAGUCUUUGUCUCCGGUGUGUGGCCGCGAUCCCUUGGAGGGGAUUGAACACCUGAGGCUCUAUUUUUUUUAAAUCUGAGGGUUAAGGGACAACAGUUCCGGCCUUUUCCAGUCUUGGCUGGAUUUGCUUGUAUUUUGUUCUUAGCCACUGCUCAUGUAAUGCACUCCCUUAACCAGGAAAUUAAGGCGUUCUCCCGGAAUAAUCUCAGGAAGCAAUGUACCAGGGUGACAACGCUAACUGGAAAGAAAAUUAUAGAAACAUGGAAAGAUGCCAGAAUUCAUGUUGUGGAAGAAGUAGAGCCGAGCAGUGGGGGUAGUUGUGGUUUUGUGCAGGAUCUUAGCUUGGACCUGCAUAUUGGUGUUAUUAAGCCAUGGUUGCUCCUGGGGUCACAAGAUGCUGCUCAUGAUCUGGAUACCCUGAAAAAGUACAAGGUGACUCAUAUUCUCAAUGUUGCAUAUGGAGUUGAAAAUGCUUUCCUCGGUGACUUUAUAUAUAAGAGCAUUUCUAUAUUGGAUCUGCCUGAAACCAAUAUCCUGUCUUAUUUUCCAGAAUGUUUUGAAUUUAUUGAACAAGUGAAAAUGAAGGAUGGAGUGCUUCUUGUUCAUUGUAAUGCAGGAGUUUCCAGGGCUGCUGCAAUUGUAAUAGGUUUCCUGAUGAAUUCUGAAGAAAUUUCAUUUACAAGUGCUUUCUCUUUGGUGAAAAAUGCAAGGCCUUCCAUAUGUCCAAAUGCUGGCUUCAUGGAGCAGCUUCGUACAUACCAAGAGGGCAAAGAAAGCAAUAAGGGUGACAACAUACAGGAAUUAGAAAGGGGUGACAGUUCAUGAGUUACAUUCCGGCAGAUAAAGGACAACUGUAAUUUCUGAAUUAGCCCCUAUAGCCACCCGUCCCCUUUUUUGAAGAGUGGACUGAAAAACUUCCUUUUGUCUUGUGUUUUUUAAGUGGAAAUGGAGGUUAAUUGAUUGUCUUGAGCUGGUGUAUAAACACAUUUUUAAAUUAUAUCAUGUUUUCUUUGGUAUUAAAUAUGUGAUUCAACAGUUCUUUAAUUUGCUAAGAGAAGAAGAUAUAUUACCAAUAAUUGAUUUCUGUAGGAGAAAAAGAUUUACAUUCAAAAUCUUUAUUAGAGCAUGAAAAGAUUUUUCUAUUCCAGCAACUGUUUCCAUGAAGGAAAAAACUUGAAGUACUACCUGACUUACUAUUUCAGAGGGAGGUAAAUUUCUUUGUAAAGAAUUUGUGAUUAAAAAUUAAUACCUUAAACCUCCCAAAAGAGAUAACCCAAAUCUGAAGGUUAAUACAGUAUAGGUAUACCUAUACAGAUACAGUAUACCUUGUUUUAUUGCACUUUACUUCAUUGUGCUUCGCAGAUGUGUGUUUUACAAAUCAAAGGUGGUACUUCUGCAUUGAGGAAGUCUAUUGGCACCAUUUUUAACGAGAGCAUUUGCUCACUUAGUGUCUCUGUGUCACAUUUUGGUAAUUUUCAGUCUUUUAAACUUGUUCAUUAUAGUUGUAUUUGUUAUGGUGAUCUGU